UGGGGGUAAAGCUAGUCUGGGCGCGCUUCGAAACCACGAGCGGAAGGCAAUCCGCUCGAAUCCGGCGGAGCGCGAGCAGGUUACCCCGGUGGCCGCAGUCCUCGUUGCCUGUCAUUGGAGAAGGGAGCCUUCGUAGGCGGAAGGAGCGAGAGGGCGAUCGACACGCGAGAAAGAGUACGGAGAGGGAACACGAGGAGGAGGAAGAGGAGAAGGGGGACGUGGUCACGAGCAUCGUCGAGGACGCCUGCGCUCCAACACUCCGCGCCUUCGGCUCUUCGGCUUCGACUAGGCUCAAGUACCGCGACGACGUAAAAGCUCGCGUCGCGAUGCGUCGCGACCGUCAUCGCGCGAGCGAACAGGAAGUCAUUCCGCUCCGUUAAUCGGACCCGCAGGACACGCAGCCGCGACUCGCGUGUCCUUCCACCUCACGUGACGAGUCUGCCCGCGAAACGUGUCUGUGUCGGAGGAUACUGGCGGACAGUGUGUUUUCGUAGUGCACAUGUGACAGUUCGAUGAACACCGAACGUGAGGAUGACGUGAAGACCAAUAUCGGGGACUGCACUCACUCGGCAAGCAAGAUGGGGUUGUACUGAACGCGUAUUGAACUCUUACCGCGUCCAUGUGAAGAAACAUGCAAAGAUAGUGGAGGAUCUAUCUGAACGAGCAGAGGACAGCUACUUGACAGUUUGACAAUCGUGCAAUUGGCAAGUAAACUUAUCAACAACUCUUACAGAACAAUUUUUCGAGAUGGGAGAUCGAGGAAUGUCCACCCUUGCAACGAUAUCCGACGCAUAACGAGAAGAACGAAUUUUGUCAGCCGUGUACUACGAACGCGAGAAAGCUUGCAAGGAUCCGAAAGCUCAAUAGCCCUAAACAAUACGUUCAAUCGACUCGUAGUCAUCGAGAACGUUCGUUGACGUUCCGAUUACACCUGUUCAAUCUUCUUAGGAGCCCGAUCCGAUUAUUCGUUCGAUCUCGGGGAUCGCGAUUGCCCUGCACAGUGAAAAAAUCCGUUGGAUGCGAGAUACGAGGCAGAGGAGCACUCCGAGGAUAGACGUGGUGCAUCCGCGGAGGUGGAGGAAGAGCAGGAGAGGGAGGAGCCGCGUUGCUGAAUGUGGAGGGGGCGGAGGUGAGAUCGUCUGGUGAUGAUGAUCGGUGGCGGCGUCGCGACCCCUCCUGGUACUGCCAAGUCGGCGGCUGCGAUCGACGGCGAAAUGGUGCAGGUCGACGGCAUUGGCAGUGGUAGUGUCAGUGGCAGUGCUAGUGGUAGUGGUAGCCCUGCGACGGGCGCGACCACCACGCGCCUCACGAACAAUACCAAUAACGGCAACAAUAGCAACAGCAACAACAACAAUAAUAACAACAACAAUAACGGCGACGUUAGCAACAACAAUAACGAUGGACACGGGGUGGCCAAUUGCGCCGGCACGACUGCUGCGAGUGCGGGCGACAAGUUCUGCUGCCAGGACGAUGACGUGCCUGCCAGUACCGGCGUCACUCGACCUUGGGAACCACCGUCGCCCACCUUCUCCCAGACGAGAUCGCACCUGCUGCAGGUCCACCCGCCGCAUCACCAUCAGCACCCGGCAGCCCAUCACCAUCAGCAAAUGAACGUGCCGGCUUCUUUGAUAGAUGGGGUAAACUUGCAAAAUUGCACAGCGGGUCCCUUCGCCAGCGGCAACAGCGGCGGUGCAUCGCGACAGCGUCUAAUCGAAUUGUCGCAUGGAUUAGGAGCACUAAGGCACUACAACGAUCUCGCCAAUCACGUGCUGUCUCUGAAUCAGCAGGGCGCGGUCGUCACGAAACUUUUGGGUACGCUGCGCCCGCCGGGUCUGAUCGGUGGCAGUAAGCCGAAAGUAGCGACGCCGGCUGUCGUCGCCAAGAUCGAGCAAUAUAAAAGGGAGAACCCGACCAUCUUUGCUUGGGAAAUUCGCGAGAGGCUGAUCUCCGAGGGAGUCUGCAGCAACGCGACAGCCCCGUCAGUCAGCAGCAUCAAUCGGAUACUGCGGAACCGCGCGGCGGAACGCGCGGCUGCCGAGUUUGCGCGUGCUGCCGGCUACGGCCUGUACGCGGCCGCCGGACCGCAUCCUUAUUUCAACUCGCAUCAACAUCCGACGACGAGCCACCAUUUGCCGGCGGGCUGGCCGGCACCAGGAGCAACUGGACACCCGUGGAUGCUGCCGCCUCUCGCCACCGGCAUCUCCGGCGCAUCCGCUCUACUUCUACCGCCAUCCCUGAGCCCCGGUGCGGCUGCGGCCGCGGCCGCGGCCGCGUCCGCUUCCGUCGCGGGUUCUUCUGAACACGCGCUCCAUGCCGCCGACGCGAUCGCUCGGGGAUACUUGCAAGACGGCGACGGAGACGACGGAAGCUUGGACGGUUCGGAACAGCCCAAGUUCCGACGCAAUCGCACGACCUUCAGUCCGGAGCAGCUCGAGGAGCUCGAAAAAGAGUUCGAGAGGUCGCAUUAUCCUUGCGUGUCCACGCGCGAGCGUCUCGCCUCGAAAACGUCACUCUCGGAAGCACGCGUUCAGGUUUGGUUUUCCAACAGACGGGCAAAGUGGCGUCGUCACCAGCGCAUGAACCUCUUAAAGCGCUCGCCACCACCGCCCCCGCCACCGCCGCAGCCGCAGCCGCAGCAGCAGCAGCAACCGCACUCCGCUACGUCCGCUAUGGAAAUCGGCCAACGUACAUCCAGCUGCUCCAUCGCCGGCAUGGGCGGCGAAAGUAGCGCGUUCCGCGCGGUCGUCACUAACUCCACGAGCAGGGACACUAAUCUCACAGACAGACCGUCAGAGAGGAUUGACAGGCUCGAAUCGGCGCCAAAACAACCGGAGAAGAAACCCAGCGCCUUCCGGAUGAUCAGCCAACUGGUGGGUGACGACUCGUCCGGGCUCUCGAGACCGAGCAGUCCCGUGUAUGAGCAACAUCAGGGAUCCGGACUCGGGCCUAGACCGGGAUCGGCGCAUAGGAUACGUUACGAUCAGGACGAGGACGAAGACGAGGAGAUCGAUGUUCAGGACUCUGAUCAGGACGUACCGUCGUCGCCACCGGUCGCUUGGAGGGAUCAUUGGACUGAUCAACAACCGUUGGAACUGACGAAGCACGAUCGUUGAGCUAGAUAGAUGUGCGCGUACGGUGAAUAUCUUGGUUUGGUCGGUCACGGCCAUCAAAUCUGAAGUGACAUUCUUUCAGGCGAAAAUCAGGAUCUACGUACAAGUGACCACGUUGCUAUUUAUUUAUUGGAGAACCUCUCUCGCGAGCGGGAAUAAUACGUAAAUCGCGUGAAUCGUGAUAACUAUCGGUUGCAACUGAUUGAUGAAGUGCAAACAUGAAAGUGUCUUUCGCCUUGCGGUGUCCAAGAUAAAUCGUGAGAAUAGCGGAUGUUAAGGCUGAACGUGAAAUGCCAAUCGGUAGCAUCAGCAUUUAUUCGAUUGGCACGCGAGUGAUCGAGACGUGCCGUCGGACGCGGCACCCGUGUAUUUUAGCAUUUCCUCUCCUCUCAUUAUUAUCGAGCUCGACUCUUUCCUAUCGGUUGAAAUCUUCGAUAUCUGUAGAACUGCUUAUUACACGGAAUACGAACGAUUUCUUACAAUGAUGGGUACGAGUAAAUGUAUUGCGAGCUGCGUGUUGUUGAAACGCAAUAUCGUCAGUGUCUCAUUGUAAUUAUUACUGUUGAUUAAGUAGGUGAUCGAUGCACAUCGCGUGACAGGGGUAAAACGCUGUUAGUUCGCUCAAAUCUACCUGAGAGGAGUCGCUCGUGUGGAUCGAGAAUAAGAAAUGUACCGUGAGCGAUGAACGAGAUCGUUCGAGCUCAUUCGGAACUAGUCCUAGCGAAUCAUUAUGAGAUAUAUAGAGGUGUGCGUUAUCUAGGUAUUUGAAAUAGAAAUAAGCAAAACCGUAGAUAUAAGAGAACUGUCUGUUGAAGUAAUGUUUAUUUAAAUGAAUUCGUUUGUAAAUAUCUACACGGCGUGUCACAAUUCAUUCUCUCUUGCGAACUUGCGAACUUUUAAGAACUCUCUUCCAAAUUUUCUCUCUGUCUAUCCUCUUAACUGACGAAACGAUUUUCGGCGACCCACAAAAUGUCCGCACAAUAAAGUAUAUCAUAUUGAAAUAAAUUUACAUGAAUAUCUGAC